AUGACCAGUGCUUGCUACAAAGAUGCUAAUGUGAAAACAUACAAUCGAUCUUAUUACUAUGAGAUUUAUAUUCAAGCCAGUAUCUUGGAAUAUGGUCAUAACCGCCCCACGACUGAUGAUGACAAUAUAUCAAAUACCCUUUUACUCGUGGAAACCAUCAUCAGUAUAAAACCUACACUACUCAAGCACGAUUCUCAAAGUUCCUAUGAGAAUACGAACCCACCUGUAGUACACAAAAUAUAUGAGAAGAAAGGACCCUAUAUCAUUCGACUAACAGUCGAGAUGAGCAGUAAUUUAAAGAGUCCUUCCGAGAGAAGAUUUAGAGUGCCUAGCAGAUCGAUACCAUACAGCCCACACCGAGAAUCCGAGCCUUUGGGAGAUCCGAGAGAUUCGAGACUAAAACCGAGAUUGACCCCGAGAUCGACAUCAAAACCGGAACCAUCCUCAGUAGGAGGGCCUUCAAGCAUGACUGAUCCACUCAAUACAAUGCCACUUUUUGAUUCCGUAUCACAAAAUGUAUCACCAGAUGGCUCUGUUCAAGAGAAAGGUAACGAAGACCAAGGAAUACUCACAGGCACUGAAGAGUAUCCCACAGCCUCAGCAAAGACUGCAUUCAUACAAAAAAUUACCGAUAUAUUUGAGGAUAAUUUCUUGAGCAAGGAACGCAGUGAUUACUUUAGCAGAAAAAGAAGACAUCUUGGUUGA